GUGAGAUACGAAUUCAGGACAAUUCCGUGCGUAAAUGUGACACGCUUAGAGAGAGAGAAAAAAAGUUGGGGUUGGCCUACAGGUGGCUCAGAGUGUGUAAGCUAUAGAGGGAAGAGAGGGAUGACAGCACUGGUGCGCGCUGGGAACCAUCCGGAAAGACGGAUAUUCCCUGCCUCAGGACACACCCUCCACGCUCUCUCUCUCUCUCUCUCUCCCCCUCUCUCUCUUUCCCUCUCUCAUUGUUUCCCACACUGACUCUGUCGCCGCCGGGCUUCGUUCGGUUGACAAAUGACGAGCCGCAGCCGCUUGGAUGAGAAGAGCGCAAAGUGAAAUCAUUCCGCCGGAGAGACACAAGUUUUUGUCGGCCGCUUCCACACACUCCUCACGAAAGAAGAUGAGCCUAGAUUUUAUUUUCUGAUGUUUUGGUGCGUGGAUCGGGCUUGAAGAGAGACAGGAGGAGGAGGAGAGGAAGAAGAGAAGAAGAAGAAGAAGAAGAAGAAGAAGAAGAGAGACGUGUGUGUCAGCUAAUUGGGAUGAGAGUUCAAGUCAAGUGAGACGGCAGAUUGGACCUUUAAAGCCUCUUAACGCAGGUGCUGUGUUUAGGUGCCGCGUGUGUGUUUGUGUGCAUGUGUCAUUCCCCAGUGGAGAUCCACCCUGGACACAGAAGCAAGGGGGUGAUCAGGUGUAUGUGAGUGAGUGAGUGUGUGUGUGUGUGUGUGUGUGUGUGUGUGUGUGUGUGCGUGUGUGUGGUGUGUGGGUGGGUGGGGGAUAAAUCCAAGCGCAGACAGAGGUUGGUUAUGGUCUCUGUGAACUGGACGCGAUGAAGUGGCUCCACGGGAGUUUCAGGGUUUAAGACCGGAGAAGGAGGAGAGCUGGGGUAGGGUGGACGGACGGACGCACGCAGGGAGGGGACGAGGAGGGGGGGACAACACCACCACCACCACCACCACCACUACUACCGCCGCCACCACCACCUCCACCGCUGCCGCCGCCAAAGCGCACAGCACAAUCCCUCUUGACGCAGGGAUGGAGAGCGCAAGAGCGCACGGGAUAACUCGGCUCGACCCCAGAAACGCGAGCAGAAAGAUCACCGGGAGGCAAGGCAUGAGGAGUGACCGACACCGGGGGGGACACCUCCACCUGCAGCGGGCUGUGAUUUUUCUCGUCGCGCUCGCGAUGCAGCCGCAGGCUGUCUGCGCCGCGGGAAUGUUCGAGCUUCAGAUCCGCCACUUCCAGAACCCACACGGACUCCUGCAGACUGGAGACUGCUGCGACCUCCAGGCCAGUGGGGGGCAGCGCUGCUCUGCCAGGGACCAAUGUGACACUUUCUUUCAAGCCUGCCUCAAGGAGUACCAGGCCCGGGUCGCCUCAACCGGAACCUGCACCUUCGGGUCGGGCAGCACAGGGAUCCUGGGUGGAAACUCCCAGUCACUCCGCCACCGGGGACAUGAUGGAGGAGGAGGAGAGGAUGGCACUAAUGGACACAUUGUCAUUCCCUUCAAAUACGCCUGGCCAAAGUCCUUCUCUCUGGUGUUGGAUGCUCUGGACUACGACAACGACACAUCAGACUCAGGUCAGUUAAUUGAGCGAGUCCUCCUCUCCUCCAUGUUGAACCCUGGCGAACAGUGGCAGACGUAUCGUCACCACGGCCGGACCCUCAGCCUGGAGUACCGGCUUCGCUUCCGCUGCGACUCCAAUUACUAUGGACCUUUCUGCAACAAGCUCUGCCGAGCCCGCGAUGACUUCUUUGGUCACUUCAGCUGUGACUCCAGCGGCUCAAAGGUCUGCAUGGAGGGCUGGACCGGGCCAGAGUGCAAAGAAGCGGUGUGCCGGCAGGGGUGUCAUCAGGCCCACGGCUCCUGCACUGUACCUGGAGAAUGCAAGUGUCAUUAUGGCUGGAAGGGUCCUCUGUGUGACCAGUGUGUGACGUUCCCCGGCUGUGUGUACGGGAGCUGCACCGAGCCCUGGCAGUGUGUGUGUGACGUCAACUGGGGAGGACUGCUGUGUGACAAAGAUCUUAACUUCUGUGGCACUCACCAGCCCUGUAAGAACGGUGGGACCUGCACCAACACUGAGCCAAACGAGUACAAGUGUGAAUGCCAGGAAGGUUUCAGAGGGCGCAACUGUGACAUUGUCGAACACGCGUGUUUGUCGUCUCCAUGUAUGAACGGAGCCACCUGUGUGGAGGACCCAACGGGCUUCAGCUGCAUCUGUACCGACGGCUGGACCGGAAACACCUGCGCAGAUGUGGUGAGGCAGUGUGAUCGGAGCCCUUGCGGUCGUGGAGCGACGUGUGAGGAGGCUCCUGGAGGUUAUCGGUGUCUGUGCCCGCCUGGAUGGACCGGCAGGACGUGCCAGCUGGACACCAACGAGUGUGAAACGGGUAUAUGCGCCCACGCCCGCUACUGUCGCAACUUGAUCGGUGGAUACCUGUGUGACUGCCUUCCUGGAUGGACGGGGCCAAACUGUGACAUCAGGAACAGCAGCUGUCAGGGUUUGUGUUUGAACGGUGGACGCUGUGAGGACCAGGUGUCAGGGUCCAGAUGCUGGUGUCCACCUGGUUUCACUGGGAAAUACUGCCAAAACAGUCCAAGUCCCUGUGACAGCGCCCCCUGUCUGCACGGAGGACAGUGCACAGAGAGGGAUGGGAGAACGGCCACCUGCAACUGUCCCGCGGGAUAUUCAGGAAUCUUCUGUGAGAUUGUGUUGGACCUAUGCAACCCCAACCCCUGCCAGCAGGGGGUAGCCUGUCACAGCACAGAGGGUAGGUACAUGUGUGCCUGUCCCGAGGGUUACUAUGGUAACGAGUGCACAAGCCUCAAAAGUCCCUGCAUUGGUCAACACUGUCCAGGUGCCAUGUCGGACACGACACAUGGAGGCAUCAGCUUCUACAUGAUCCUGGUGGGCAUCUUAGCAUUAGUGACGGUCUGCGGCUGCACUGCCUGUGCUUUCAUCCUUUCCCACCUCCAUCGAAAGCGGAAAAAGCAGCAGGCCGUCCCACAGGAAGAAGGCAUCAACAACCAGAGGGAGUUUGUCAACCUCAUCAGAAACGUGGACCGUCCCGUGCCCCUUCUUCCCCCCGCUGCCCCGCUCACGCAGCCUCCAGCCCCUGCCCCUGUCUCACGUUGCUACGAGGAGAUUGAACUGACCCUUCCACCUUCCCCGGCACCCUCACACCCCUCGCCGGCGUUAAAGCCUGCCCAUGCUCCCAAGCUGGACAUUUCAAACCGGGACAGGGAGAAGUUGAACCGCUUCCACUACACAGACAACCAGGAACUUGAGGUCUGACCCUUGAACUUUUGGGCAUCUGAGGAGCUUUUUUAAUUCUAUUUUGCGUCCCUUGCACUCUUUUGCUCACAGGACCCUGCGUUCAACUACUGCCACUAUAUCACAGUUGCAGAUAUGAAAAUGCGAGGCAACCCUAUGACCUUUGUGCGCUCAGAUGGCAGAUUGGCAAACACCUGAGGAGCAAAAGCUGCUAAGAAGAGGGGUCAAAAGUCUUACUGUGUUGACUUCUUUGAGUCCAUUUUGAAGACUGUGAGAAGCAGUGGGUGCAUGAUGUUUGACUGAAAGACUUAAAGACAUGCCUUGGAGUGCCUGAGAUACUGUCAAGAAGAAGUGGAGGAUCAGCCUGUGCAGGAGCCUCUCAACAUGUUUCCCAGUCCACGACGCCAUCUGAUUGGUGUUCAGACCUUUGUGUUUCAGACUGAACUCUGACAGAUGGAGCGGAUGCCUAUUUAACACUCAGUGUGUUUCUGUGUCUGGUUGUUCAUAAAGUGUGUGUGAGAGUGAAAGCGAAAGAGAGAGUGUAUAGUAUGAGUGUAUGUGAGGGAAAAAGGAAGGACAGAAGGAUUUUACUGAAGAAAACAAAAAUGAUAUACUUGUCAAAAGAGAGUGCAUACUGAAAACUGUUUUAAGACUAUACACUGUUGCCUGCAUCAUCUCUGUAAUACUACAGUUUGUCAAAGAUGUAUGAUUUUUUCAUACCUGCGUGUAAAAUAGCUUUUUUGUACAUAAAUAUAUUGUACAUAUUGACGCCCAUUUUUGUACUGUGGUUUGGUCUGAAAGUAUCUCUGUAUUACUUUGCUCUGUUUGUCCCAUUUCACUUUACAUUUGGAACAACCAGCACAUGUGGAUUGUAAUAAAGGUGCAUUUACCAACUCUA